UCUCCGUCCUGGGUGCGCUCUAAUAAUAGAAAAGGCUGCCUGCUCCUUUAAGAGCCUACUUGUUGCAAAUUGUACAAAAUAGGCUAUACUGUAACAACAUGGUUAUCAAAGUAUUUCUCGCCACUUCAUCGGGAUCCACAGCGAUCAAAAAGAAGCAACAAGAUGUGGUCGCCUUCUUGGAAGCUCUUAAAGUGGACUACACUCAACUGGACAUCGCCUGCAACAUGGAGAACCGCAUGUGGAUGAGGCAGAAUGUCCCAGAAGAGAAGAAGCCUGCCAACGGUAUCCCCUUGCCUCCCCAGAUCUUCAAUGAAGAGAGCUACUGUGGGGACUAUGACACAUUCUUCAAUGCCAAGGAGGAUAACUCAGUGUAUGCCUUCCUGGGGCUACCUCCUCCCCCUGGCUCAAAGGAAGCAGAACAGGCUGACAAGGUGCACAUUGUGGAGAAUGGAACCCGAGCUGAGGAUUCUAAUGCAGAGGGAAUAUUUGAUGACUCCACAGAGGUCCCAGUGGAGGAGCGUAAUGGGGAUGCACACGGAGAGGAGCAGCAGGCAGCUGAUGAGGAGGAGGAGGAAGGUGAGGGUUGUGAAGAGGAGGUAGCAGAAGGAGAGACUGAUGAUGAUGAAGGCACCGAAGGAGAAACAGCAGGAGACGAAGCCCUUGCAGAGGAGGAAGAGGAGAUAGUAGAAGAUGCACACAAGACCCACGCAGAGGAGGGAGAAGAACAUGAGGAAGAAGCUGAAUAGUUAAAGCCAGGUGACACUGAUGAUGCCUUACUACUAUCCAGCCUUGACUCCAUCUCAUCUCUCCCUGACCACUGAUGCUUGACCCCCUCAGCCCCGAUCAGUCAAUGUCUCCACCCCUCCCCAAGGCUGCUCUGGACCCCACUGGAAACCAUCAGUUAUGUACUUGAAGGCACCAUCCAAACUGAAAAGUCCAAACCCACAUUUGCCACCCCCUACCUUUCUGACUGCAAUGUUGACUUAAUUUUUAUAUUUUGCGUGUAGAGACAUACUGUAAUGAGAAAGCGCAGAGUAGCCUAGUGGUGUCGGUUUGUUUUUAAUGAGUAGCUUUUGUAAAAUGCAGUUAUUUUGUUAAACUCAUAUGCAUUUUAAUUUUUUCCUAUCUAUUUGGGAUUAUUGGGACAUGAUAAGUAUAAAAUCCAAGUAUGGUCUUUGAACAGGAAGUCGUUUUUGAGAAAAAUUAUGUCCUCAUAUGGGGACAUUGGGUUUAUUUUAAUGCGUAAUACAAUAAAAUUACUGGUGUUUGCAACAGAACAAAACUAUACCAGAACAUGGCUGUGCACACAAUAUUUGCAACACAUUACAGAAUAAAUCUAUGCCAGAACAUAGCUGUGCAAAAACAAAAUUUGCUAACAAUAUUUGCAACACAUCACAGUACAAAACUAUGCCAGAAAAUGGCUGUGCACAUAUUUGCAUCACAUUACAGAAUAAAACUAUACCAGAACAUGACUGUGCAAACAGUAAUUGCAACACAUUGCAUGACUACAUAUUCCAAAAGUAUGUUUUGUCUCAAUUCAUUUUGUGCGGAGAAAUUUCAUUUGUUUGUAGUCUGUAGAAACAGUAUCACACCUAUGGACCUUUGUGAAAAGAGUUCUCUCCUAUUAUUGCAUUCAGCAGUCUUUCUAGACAUGUAUCGGAUAACAAUAAAAGAAAUUUAAUCAAUGUAGACUAAUGUGUACCACAUGCAACAACAGUCUAUAUUUAUAUUUAGUGGAAACUGUUAGUUUUUUCACAAAUCUUCCCAAGCCAUGUGUCAUUACUUUUACACCUUCACACAGACAAUGUAUUAACAUGGUCCCAAUGUCCUCAAACGAGUACUUCAUAGUUAGAAGCCUCCUAACUUGUUACUAUUGCUAAAAGAUGUCAAAUUUAUAUACCAUCUCAAACUACAGACAUUAAAAAGCAUAAAUUAGCAGGUUUCAACCAUGAAAUGUUUUUAGGUUUUGUACCUUGUCCAUUUUUAUUUCGCGCUCGGCUGUAGAACAUCUUGGCUGAGAUUGACGCCAUCUUGGAAUUAUAGUAACACAUGUAAUGUGCUUUUCCUACCACAAGAUGGUGGUAAAAGUGUCUACAUACAAGGACAACAGGUCUAAGUUGAGAAGAAAUAAAGUAUAUGGUGCAGGAAACCCAAAAUGUGCGGUCCUCAUAUGAGGACGCAGGGACUCUAGAGGUUAAGAAACUCUAGUUUUCUAACACAGAGAGGCAGCGACCUUUUCAAAACAUAUGGCCUUGACAUACCUUAGCUUCUGGCUUUCAGACAGAAAAGGUUUGUUAACUCACUCUAAGUGCUCUGUUGUUUGAUUACAGUGUCAUGCCUUAAUGACUCCUUUUACCCAGUGAAUGUAUAAAUGCAAACCAAUACGUGUAAUGGCCACAUGACAAAGAAAUAAACAUAUAAUGUAAGACUGCAAACUACUCCUGCACCACUACAAUUGCCUUUGUCAGUACUGCUGUCUAAUCGAUGCACUUUGCUGAAUGAUGAGUGAAAUGUGACUAAGACUUGGAUGAAAAGAAAAAUGCAAUAAAGAAGACAGGUAAAAAAAUUUAGUGGUUUUAUUCUGUUUUAUGUUAAACAGGCUUUUUUUUACAAGGUCACAAGUUGGCAACCAUUGAUGUACUCCUAAACAAUUGUAUUAUUUGUCUCUUAAUGCUGAAUAUUGGUCUGAACAGCUAAUAAGGAGUCAAGUAAGUGUAGCAGAGCAAUAUAUGUUCAAUAUUUGCCUCUGAAUUGUAGUGGAGUACAAGUUUUACGUAGCGUAAAAUGAAAGCCGCUCAAGUAAAGUACCUCAGAAGCAUACUUAAUUACACCACUUUCAUAUGUGUAUUUUCUACUGGAAAGGUGUUUUUCGUACUGA